AUGAAUAAGAAAGUGUGUGAAAAGUUCGAUAAUGUAUGGGAGGCUUUUCCCGAUAAAUUGACCAGUGAUAAACAGUAUGAUUUUAAAACACAAAAUUUCUUAGAUAGUUAUUGUUAUGAUGAUGGAUGUAGUACUGAUUACGGAAAAAUUAAUGCCGGAUUUUUUUAUUUGCUUAAUCAAUUCUUUGAUAGUUCUGGGUUAUCGUAUAAUGUGCAAAAUAAUACAAAUGUUGUUGAAUAUAUUAUUCUAUGGCUAAGUUAUAUGUUAAACCUAAAGAGUACUCAAGAUGAUAGCAUUACCAAUCUAAAUAAUUUUUAUAAAGUAAAUGUAGAUAAACACAAAAAGUAUAAUAGUUUCAUUGAGCCUAUAAAUAAAAAAAAGGAAUUGAUGAAUAUUUCUAAUGAUAAAGUGUCUAAACUUUAUAAUUUAUUUAAAAUUUUAUGUGAAAUGUAUACUAAAAUUGAUGAUGACAAAAAAAAAUGCACAAACUGUUCGGAAAAAGCUGAAGAAUUUGUUGAUGAAUAUCAAAAACUCCUUAAUGAUACUGAUAAUGGAAACAGUUCAUAUAAUCAACUAUUGUGUACUUUAUCAACUGAUUAUGAUAAUUUAAAAAGUAAAUGUAGCGAUAGCUCAUCCUUUCCAGAGAUAAAAACACCAAAAAAUUGUGUAAAAAGAUCCAAACAAAGUUCUCAACUAAUUUCUACACAAAAUUCUGAAGCUAUAGCACAAAGUCCGUCGAUAGGAAACAAAUUAUUUAUAGUUUUAUCGAUAUUUGGUGCAAUAGCAUUUUUUUUAGGAAUUUCUUAUAAGUAUUCGUUAUUUGGAUUUCGGAAACGAUUUCAAAAACAAAAAUUAAGAGAAAAAAUAAAAAAUGUAAAGAAGAGAGUGAAUCAUUAA